CAGGCAUAGAGCCAGCAUCACCUACUCUGAAGCUGGAUACUGACUCUCACAAAAAAGCAGCCCCUCCUAUAGACUGGGAAUGGACACAGGGAGGGGAUGGAGAAAGAGAGGGAGGAAGAGAAAAGAGGGAGGAAAAAGAGGCACAGGGAGGCAGGACCGAAGUUCGAGGUUUGCAGAAGCUGAACAAUAUUAGAGGCACAUUGAGCACUGAAGUUACCGGCUGUUUAGAAGCAGAGCUCAUAGCUGUGGUAGAAAAGAGCAACAGGAUGGACCUGGGGAACUCACAAAAUGAGAGUCAUGAAUAUAAGGUAGAUCAUAAGGACAGCAUCCAGGACCUCGAAUGGGAUCUGUCUAGCAGAGUGGAGAAUGUUUCUUUGCAACAGUGCAAAUCGUCAGUCAUUGAGGAGAACGUUGUCACGUCAGAGGAUAUGAGGCGCACUAAGAAACAAGAUGGAAGUGGAACGAGUGAUGUUGUGGCUGUUCCUGGCCUUGAUGCUUUAUUCAUCACAGAGGAUUUACAUGAUGAUUAUUUUCCAUUGGAAAUGUCUAUUCCGAAGUCUGAGGCUCUAACUAGAACCACAGAGAAGAACAGCUUAGACACAUUGAAUGUUCUAGGACAAAAUAAUUUACCUGGAGAAAAUCUGUUACUCCAAGACGGAUCUGCUGUCAUCCUAAAGUCCAAUGAACCAUGCCUAAGUGAAGAAGACUUAUUAUCACUUUCUGUGUCUUCUACAGACGAUGUACAGUUUAAGUGGACAUCAACCAAAUCUCAAUGCAAGGAGAAGACAAUUUCUAGUGAACCAGGCAGUUCAGCAGUACAGGAGCUGGCAGCAAAAUCAGAACCAGUCCAUGGAACAGAAAUACCAUUUCUUGCAAUGACCUUUGACCUGGCAGAUACAACAGAGCCAGUGGGGGUGUUAUUGCCCAGUAGUGGAGAUGUCUGUGAUUUUAUCAACACAGCAGAGAGCAACAUCAGGGGUAGCUUUGGAAAAACAGGAAAAAACAAGGCUGUUGGUAGUAACAUAGAAAGUAUUGGUACAACAGAGAGGAGCAUGACCAACACAGAUUCUUUAGUAAUGGCAUCUUUGGACAAUACAAUCUACAAAAGUCCAACCAUCUCAGGGUUUGAAAAUCAAUUGGAAGAGGAUCAGCACUUGCCCAUGCCCCACUUAGAGAAACUGAAAAAUAAUUCAGAAAGAAAAACUGACCCCUUGUGUGAUGUUGAAGAAGCAUAUAAAAAGACUGAAGAGCUUCCUACUGAACAAGAAAACAGAGUUGAUUAUUAUGCACCAACAGAAACUGCAGAUAAAUUUUUUGAGCAGUUUUUGGGACUGGUGACUGGACAGUCAGAGAUGCUGUCACUUCCUGACAGGACAACGAGCAACAUUGUUGAAAUGGAUCCCCAUCUGGCCUUGUACACAGCCAUGGAAUCUAAAGAUGCUCUUGUUGGAGAGAGAGAAAUGAGAACUCCAGACUUGGUUUCGAUUGAAACUACAGCAUUAGAGAGUGGGAACGGAGAUACAGAAAACACUAUGGCAACGGAUAAAAUUUUGGAGGAACGAUCUUUUGAUGAGAUGACAUCAUCAAAAAGGGAUGUAGACAACCAGAGUGUUGGCAAAAACCUGACAUUAGUUGCUGAUAUUCAUCAGGAAGCAUCCGUAUCCAUUUCUGACUCCAUGCUUAUCUCUGUCUCAGAGAGCACUGUGGGUCAAGAGGAGGCCCGGCCACUGCUGUCACAUACAGAACCAAAGACUAACAUACCGUGGACUGAAAUCUCAAAAUCCACAGACAGCCAAGAACUAAAAGCUGUGACAAAUGAAACAAAGCUUUGCAUUGAAGAACCCAUUAAAGGAUUAACUGUUUCGGUGAAGGAUGGAUGUGGGAGUCCUGUAUCACAGGACCCUGGGGUAGAUACUACCACUACUCCUCUAAAUGUACUAAAUUCCCCACAAGUGUGCUGUAUGCAACGCGAUACAGACCGGAACAAUCUGUCACCAAAAUCCAUUGUAGAGUCUCUAGCUCCUGACCAUGACAAUACUGAUAAAAGCAUCAAAACAAGGAAUGAUCAGACUCCUGUAUCUGCUCAGGGUGGCGCCCAAGCAAGGCAAAAAGCAGAAACUCCCGUGAAAGGCAAGCCUGUGUCUGACCUGAUAAAAGAAACCAUCCAGCUGCACGAAAGGAUGAAGGAAUGGAACAAACCUUCAGAGGCUAAAGCUGAUGUGCUCUUGGACUCUGCACAGUCCGUCAAAGUGGCACAGAUGAAGGCGGCGUUCGACUCGCCAAAAAAGUCACCGGAUAAAGGUCUGGAAAAAAAGCCUUCAGCAAGGAAAGAUAUGAAACGGGUGGUGCGGCAGAGUAAGUUCCGGCACGUGUUCGGCCAGACGGUGAAGAACGACCAGUGCUACGAUGACAUCAGGGUGUCCCGGGUGACAUGGGACAGCUCCUUCUGCGCCGUCAACCCCAAAUUUGUUGCCAUUAUCGUGGAGGCCAGCGGCGGCGGAGCUUUCAUGGUUCUGCCUCUUCAAAAGUCGGGGCGUAUAGAUAAGUCCUACCCGACGGUAUGUGGACACACGGGGCCAGUAUUGGACAUCGACUGGUGUCCUCACAACGAUCAGGUGAUCGCCAGCGGCUCGGAGGACUGCACCGUCAUGGUGUGGCAGAUCCCCGAGAACGGUCUGGUGACCUCCAUGUCUGAGCCCGUGGUGGUGUUGGAGGGCCACUCCAAACGCGUGGGCAUCGUCACCUGGCACCCGACGGCUCGCAACAUCCUGCUCAGUGCCGGUUGCGAUAACGUGAUCGUGAUCUGGAACGUGGGCACGGGUGAGUCGCUCAUCACCCUGGAUGAGAUGCACCCAGACGUCAUCUACAGCGUCUGCUGGAACCGCAACGGCAGCCUCAUCUGCACCGCCUGCAAGGACAAGAAAGUGCGCGUCAUCGACCCUCGCAAGGAGGAGAUCAUUGCCGAGAAGGAUAAGGCCCACGAGGGUGCGAGGCCCAUGAGAGCCAUCUUCCUGUCCAAUGGGAACAUAUUCACCACCGGCUUCAGCCGCAUGAGCGAGAGGCAGCUUGCACUCUGGGACCCGAAAAACAUGGAGGAGCCGAUUACAGUCCAUGAGCUGGACACCAGCAACGGCGUCCUCCUUCCUUUCUACGACCCCGACACCAGCGUGGUGUACCUGUGCGGAAAGGGUGACAGCAGCAUCCGUUACUUUGAGAUCACUGACGAGGCGCCGUACGUGCAUUACCUCAGCACGUUCGUCACCAAGGAGCCGCAGAGGGGCAUGGGAUACAUGCCCAAGAGGGGUCUGGACGUCAACAAGUGUGAGAUUGCCAGGUUCUACAAGCUGCAUGAGAGGAAGUGUGAGCCCAUCAUCAUGACCGUGCCAAGAAAGUCGGAGCUGUUCCAGGAUGACCUGUAUCCCGACACGUCAGGGCCCGACUGCGCCCUCGAGGCCGAGGACUGGUUCGAUGGCAAAAACGGAGAUCCUAUCCUGAUCUCGCUCAAGGACGGCUACAUCCCGGCCAAGAACCGUGACCUCAAGGUGGUCAAGAAGAACAUUCUGGACAACAAGCCCAAGCCUACCAAGAAUGCGGAGAGCAACUCCUGCACUGUUGCCGCCAAAACGGCCAGCGCGCCCCAGAGUGCUAUAAGGGAACCGAAAAUGGAAGAGGUGCUGAAAGAGGUCAAAUCCCUGCGAGACCUGGUGAGCAGUCAGGAAAAGCGGAUCGCCAAGCUCGAGCAGCAGUUGUCCCAGAUGGACGUCUGAAGGACCCGGUCCCUUUCCCUCUCCCCCAGCUACUGUUCAGGAAAUUCUAUUGGCCAGGUGUGCGGGACCAGUCACUGCCAGUCACCGCGACUUCGUUCCGCCUGAAACCUUCCCAACAUUCCAAGAUGAACUUUUUUUUUUUUUUUUCCCUUUUCAUUUUCUUUCUCUAACCCCCUUGAACCAGUUCCAUUUGCAAAAUGACAACGGGAGCGAAACGCAGCAUUGCUCGCUCUCUCUCUCUCGCUCUCUCUCUUUCUCUGUCUCUGUCUUUGUCUCAAAAGCCAAGAGUUUCUUUUUACUAAACGUUGUUCCAAAAGUGGCACUUGUGUUUUAUUUGGUGUUUUUCAAAAGGUGUUAAACAUUCUCUCUUGUCUUAUAGUCCAAAAAAAAAAAAAACAACAAUUGUGACCAACAUUCUAAUGUGAAGCGUAUGUUGAAGUUCUGUGCUCAAAUAAUGAAUCAGUAUUGCAUUCCUCACCUUCCUUUCUUCUUCUUCUUUGUUGCCAAAUGUUUAGAGGAAGCUCGUAUAUGGGCCUCCUUGACAGUAUUUGACCAUGGUUUCUUUUUUCCUUUCUUUUUUUAGUCCACUUUGUACUAAUAAGGGACUUUGCAAUAGGCUGAGAAUGCAAGUUGCAAGUUGAGGGGAUUUAUUUGAUUUCUCUGACCAUUUAAAAAGGUCUCUAUACAAGAAAUAUUCAUGUUUGAAGCUGAUUUUAACCAAGCAGGCUGUAUGUACAGAUUGACAGAGGAAAGCAACAACCACAUACUGAAACAGUCUCACGCUUAGCUUAGCUUAGCUCCAGCUCAAUUCUGUUUAAACAUCAACAUUUAGAGCGUUUUUGUUCUUUUCUUUGCUGUUGGAAAUGGUUUGUAUAGUGGUGUAACUUUUCAGCAUUGUUGUUUAUCCCAGUGACCGUGAACACUGACCUCAGUUGUUGAGCUCUGACUUCUUUCAUCCUUCCAGACACUUCUCUCUUUCCCAGAAACACUAUCCUCUCAUUAUCCUAAAUGCAUGCAAUAAAGAAUUUUUUUCUUGUUUCUAAACACAUUCCUGAUUUCCCCCAAGUCUUGUUUUGUGUCUUCGGGUUUAAAGUGUUCAAGUUCUACCCUCACAUGGGAGAAUCUAGAGGAAUUACAACAUUGUUGGUGUUCCAUUUGAUAAGAGUCAGUUUUUAUAUCAAAUCAGUUCUGUCACACAGGAAGGGCAUGAUUCUAUAGUACUGGAUCAGAUCAGGGCUCCUUGUCUAGUUGGAUAAACAUCAGUAAAGUGAUGCGUAAUUUAGCCUUGUUAUCAUUGUUCAUCAAGUCAAGAUGAGCAUUUUUACUUUGAAUUUAACAGUACGAGAACAAAAAAUGAAAGGGAAAAAAACCCCAGACUUAUUAGGCCAUCUAGCAGAGGUCUAGACUGACACCUUUGCCCUGCUCGUUACUUCCUGUUUCAGUUGCGCAGGAAGUGCCUGCCCUACUCUCUUAGCCAUGCGAAACAAACUCUUUUAAGGGUGUAGUUCGUCUAGACUAUAUCUCGUAUGUAUUCUCUAACUGAAGAAUUACGAACUCUGACUCAGAUUAAAACAUGCUUGAUGGGCGAGGCCACACUUCAGAAAAAAUCACUGGCCAGGAUGCUUCUGGUGCUGAAACGGUACUUAUGUGUAACUGUAACCACACCUUCAAUUUAAGCAGUUCUAGCGAGAAUCAACUUACUUGACUAGCAUGCCUUUUAGAUUUGUGUCCUCCAUAUUGUUGGUUAAUACACACAGUAUGAACUGAAGAUUGAUGUAAUUCUGGUGAUGGAGGCUGUUUGCCUUUGCUCUGACUUUUUAAUAAGAAAAAAACUGAUGCCACUUAAAUACAGAUGAGAUAUCAUGUCCUACUAAACAUCCUAAAAUAUAGACAAGAACCUGUUGCUUGUUAUAUUGGAAUAUUGGCAACGGAUCAUUUUCCAUUCAUAACAACCUCACACAUGUGUCUCCAAUUUCCCAGCCUGAUUGGUUGCAAGUUGAAAAUGCGACUCUGCGCCAUUUUGAAAAGUGUCUCAAAUUUGCUAAUUGGUUGUGGUGAAACAUCCUGGCAGUUGAGGCGGGGGAGGGGCACAGCAAGUGUGAAAGCAUGCACUAAGUGUUAUUUGCGUAACUACCCGACCAACAUUCCACUUAUUCCCUUUCUGCCUUUAUGUGCUCUACAGUACCAUUCUGUAUUAACAUUGCCCCAUUCAUACACAGUUUUAGAUUAAUUAUGAUAGAUAAAAAAAGACCCAAGAUGGGAUUUGGUUGCUUUUUGCCGUGUGUGUUAAUAGCGUGAGGAUGGAAGAAAGAGCGUGAGCUGGUGGAGGUUCAUAUACUGUAUGGAAGGGUUAAAGGAUAAAUUGCAUCGGGAUUGGUGUGAGGUGGAAAUGAUGUGCUUGGAGUUUAAACCCAAUUUAAUGUUUUGUUGUCUUUUAGCUCGUAGCAGUUAUGUGCUUCAUAUAGAAUUUAAAUAAAUGUGCUUUUUUUUUAAUAUCGUAGAUCCACUAAUUUCUUAAAUUUGGUUGUUCAGUAGGCGUUUAAUGGAUAGAAAGUAUGAUUUGUCAUUGUUUAAUGAAUAAAACUAGUUGCCAAAUUGCCUUGGUGGUCAUAACAGAAGACCUCAUUCAUACUCCUCCGUCUAUGAUCUAAAACCAUUAUAUAGAGCAGGAGUGAGUAAUGUCAUGGUUGUAGCCAAUCAAGUUUCCUAUUUAACUAAAAAAAAUAAAAUAAAUAAAGUGCAUUGGGAUUGACGAAGGUUGUAAUGGUUGAGAUUUCCUCCGAGGGUCAUGGAGUGUUUCCGCAUGUUUUUGGUUUUGUGAUGUAAAAGUGUAGGUGAGGGUUGUUGUAGGUUGACAAGAAGCUCGAACUAGAAAGCUUUUGCGCACGUGGUUUCAUGAAAUGCUCUGUAAAUAACUCCACUUUUCGUUCUAAUGCUGCCUCUGUCAAACUGU